AUGGCCAAUACCUCUAUGGCAACAAAAGCUGAAGAUGAGACGUAUCAGCUAUUAGAACAAUUGGAUCAUAUUUUAAAACGUCCGGAAACAUACAUUGGUUCCACAAAACCAACAACAGACGAGAUGUGGAUAGUUGAUGACAGUGCUGAAGAAAUUAAAAUCAUCAAAAAAGACGUGACAUACGUACCCGGUUUAUACAAAAUAUUUGAUGAAAUAUUAGUCAAUGCCGCUGAUAACAAACAACGUGAUCCAAAAGGAAUGUCUUCAAUUGAUAUUCAUAUAAAUGGUGAUAAAAAUGAGAUUAAAAUUUGUAAUGAUGGCAAAGGCGUUCCCGUGCGAAAAUGGGCUAAAGACGAGACAAUUUAUAUUCCCACAUUAAUAUUUGGUCAGUUAUUAACAUCAGAUAAUUUCAAUGAUGACAAAAAACGUAUCACCGGUGGUCGAAACGGAUAUGGUGCAAAAGUAACGAAUAUAUUUAGUACAAAGUUUAUUGUUGAAACAUCAUCGAAAGAAUUUGGAAAAACAUUCAAACAGAUUUGGACAAAGAAUAUGCGUUCAGCUGAGGAUGCACAAAUUAAAGCUAGUGAUAAUACCAAGGAAUAUACAAAAAUUACAUUUUAUCCUGAUUUAAAACGAUUUGGCAUGGAUAAAUUGGAUGAUGAUAUUAUUUCAUUAUUUAAACGUCGUGCGUAUGAUGUUGCAGUAUCCUCAAAUGUCAAAGUUUCACUAAAUGGAAAAAGAUUAGCGAUAAAAUCGCUGAAAGAUUAUAUCCAACUAUAUGUAGAUUGUGAACCAAAUCAAAUCGUUCAUAAACGGUUUAAUGAUCGAUGGGAAGUUGGUGUUGUUAAAAAUGAACAAUAUUCGUCUGGUCAACAACAAGUUAGUUUUGUAAAUAGCAUACUGACAACUGAGGGUGGAAAACACGUUGAAUAUGUUAGUGAACAAAUAGCACCAAAAUUAGUUGAAGUAAUUAAAAAGAAAAAUAAACAAGCCAGUGAAUUAAAACCAGCCGAAGUUAAAAAACAUUUAUUCUUAUUUGUUAAUUGUCUUAUUGAGAAUCCAGAAUUUGAAUCACAAGCUAAAAAACAAUUGUCAACAACAAAAUCACAUUUUGGUUCCAAAUGUGAUAUUAAAGAUGAUGAUAAGUUUAUUAAAGAUAUUGUAAAAAAUUGUGGUAUUGUUGAUCAAGUUAUUGAUUGGUUAGAAAAUAAACAAACGGCUAAAUUGAAUAAACAAAGUGGUUCAAAAACAUCAAAAUUAAAAGGCAUACCAAAAUUAGAUGAUGCCAAUGAUGCUGGAACAAAAAAUUCGAGUUAUUGUACAUUAAUUAUUACAGAAGGUGAUUCAGCUAAAGCAUUGGCAGUAGCUGGUCUUGGUGUUAUCGGACGAGAUCGAUAUGGUUGUUAUCCAUUACGUGGUAAAAUGUUAAAUGUUCGUGAAGCAGCAAAUAAAAAGGUCACAGAUAAUAAUGAAAUAACACAAUUAUGUAAAAUACUUGGUCUCAAUUAUAAAGAAAAGUAUGAAACAAGAGCCGAUUUGAAUAAAUUACGUUAUGGAAAACUAAUGAUUAUGGCUGAUCAAGAUCAUGACGGAAGUCACAUCAAAGGAUUAGUAAUUAAUUUUAUUCAUUAUAAUUGGCCUAAUUUAUUAAAACACGAUUUCAUCGAAGUAUUUAUUACGCCAAUUAUAAAGGUGAGUAAAGGCAAAGAAGAAAUAUCGUUUUACUCAAUGCCUGAAUUUGAACAAUGGCAAGAAAAAACUAAAAAUUGGACUAGAUAUAAAAUCAAAUACUAUAAAGGUCUUGGUACAUCAACGGCAAAAGAAGCAAAAGAGUACUUUUCCAAUAUGGAUCGUCAUCGUAUUGCUCUUAAAUAUAUGGGUACAAAAGAUGAUUUGGCAAUACAUUUAGCAUUCAAUGGUAUGUUGGCUGAUGAUCGAAAAGAUUGGAUAAAAUGGCAUACAGAAGAUGCAAAACAACGUCGAGAACAAAAAUUACCAAUUGAUUAUUUAUACAAAAAAGAUACAAAACAAAUUAAUUAUACUGAUUUUGUUAAUAAAGAAUUGAUAUUAUUUUCAAAAUCAAAUACUGAACGUGCAAUACCAAAUAUAAUGGAUGGUUUUAAACCUGGCCAACGUAAAAUUAUGUACGUUUGUUUUACAAAAAAUAUUAUUCGUGAAAUUAAAGUAGCACAAUUAGGAGGAAAAGUUGCCGAAUAUUCUGCCUAUCAUCAUGGUGAAAUAUCAUUGACAAAAACAAUAGUUGGUCUAGCACAGAACUUUGUGGGUUCAAAUAAUAUCAAUCUACUUGUACCAGCUGGUCAAUUUGGAACACGUAUCAAUGGUGGUGAUGAUGCAGCCAGUGCACGUUAUAUUUUUACAAAACUAAGUCCACUGGCACUUGCACUAUUUAAUAAAAAUGAUGAAGCAUUAUUGACCUAUUUGAAUGAAGACGGUAUGUCAAUUGAACCUGAAUGGUAUUGUCCACUUAUACCGACAGUCUUGGUUAAUGGAGCCACUGGAGUGGGAACUGGAUAUUCAACAGACGUUCUUAAUUAUGAUCCAAUGACAUUAGUGAAUAAUAUGCGAUACUAUAUUCGUGAAGAAAAACAACGUAAAGGGAUUGUUUCAUCAUAUCCAAAUACAAUAACAUUAAAAGAAUUGAUACCAUCAUAUAAAAACUUUACCGGUGAAAUUAAAUUAUUAGAAAACGAUCGUACACGUGGUGUUAUUAAUGGUGUUUGUUCAAAAUUAGAUGACCAAACAAUUGAAAUAACUGAUUUACCAAUUGGCAUAUGGACACAAACAUAUAAAGAAAAUACAUUAGAACAUAUGUUAAAUCCAAAAGAUGGAACAGCACCACUAAUUCUUGAUUAUAAAGAAUAUCAUACAGAUACAACUGUACGAUUUGUUGUUAAAAUGACAAAAGAAGCAUUGGCCAGUUAUAUUCAACAAGGAUUACAUAAAGUGUUCAAACUACAAAAGUCAUUCAAAUUGACAAAUAUGGUUUUAUUCGAUCAUAAUAAUGUAUUACGUUUGUAUAAUAAUGUCGAAGAAAUAUGUGAAGAAUUUUUUACCACUCGUUUAUACAUGUAUGUGAAACGUAAAGAAUAUAUGGUGGGUUCAUUGGAAUCAAUAUGUCUGAAACUGGAUAAUAUUGCACGAUUUAUUAAAGAGAAAAUCGAAAAUGUUAUCAGUGUUGAAAAUAAAAAAAUUUUGAAAGUUAUAGAAAUGUUAGUGGAACAUAAAUAUGAUCGUGAUCCAGAGAAAGUAUGGCAUGAAGAAGCUAAGAAAAAAUUUAACAUUGAUAUUCAACAAAUAACAACAUCAUCAUCAAAUAGUGAUGAUGUGCUACAAGAUAUGCAACAAAAACAGGAAGAUGAAGAGGAAGCAAAUGAUGCUGCGCGUUCAACAACUUCAGCAGGAGCAACUACCAAUCUUGUCGAUACAAAGUAUUAUGAUUAUCUUAUCAAUAUGUCAUUAAGAAAUCUUACAAAAGAAAAACGAGAAGAUAUAUUGAAAGAACAAAAAACAAAACAUGAUGUAUUAAAUACAUUGAAAAAUAAAACACCCGAAGAUUUAUAUGAAGAAGAUUUGAAUAAUUUUGAAAAUGAAUACAAAAAACAGAUCGCUAAAGAAAAAAUAGACGACAUGUCGGAUGUUGCACAUCAUACUACAAAAAAAGUGGGUGGCUUUGGUGGAGCGAAAAAACAAAAACCACAACGACAAGAAACGAAACCGGCAGCACAUGGACAAAAAAUAGAACCUGAAAAAGCUGAUUCAAGUAAACAAAAAAUCAUUGAUGUUCUCGUCCAAGAGGGUGUUACAACCGAGCAGUUGGCAAGUUUAAUCCCAGCAGCCAAGAAAAAGAAAGGAAAAGAUGCAGCGACUGGCAAUGAAAAGCAAAUACCUAAAGAAAGAAAAGCAUCUACUGAAAGUAUGAAUACUAGUGGAAUUGGUGGAGAUGAACUUGUCAAAGAUCAGUCAAUUGUUGAUUCAUUUACAAGCAAAGAUGUAACACCAAAAGCGAAUCCAAAACGAGCAGUCAAAGAAAAGGUUCAAAAAUAUACGGGUGGUUAUGGUAGUGAUGAUUCAGAAAAACAAAACGGAAUGGAUAUAGAUAGUGGCGAUGAUGAUAUCAAAUAUCAGCCUAGUGAAGAGAGUGAUUAUGAACAACCCAAACCUAAAAAGGCAGCAAAACCAAAACCAGUUGCGGCUACAUCAAAUGGUACAACAGCCAAAAAAAGUUCACCAAACAAAAAGAAUGCAUCGAGUGCUGUGAAGGUGUCGUCCAAUCAAUCGAAGAACGAUAGUGCUGCUUCGCCCGAGAAAAAACCAAAGAAACCACAGCCAAAAAAAGAAACAAGUGUAAUAAAAAAGGAAGGAAGUGAUAAGAAACCUACAAAGGUCGCAGCUAAACGAAAAAAAACGAUAGGUGAAAGUGAUGAUGAUGAUGACGUUGUCGAUUUUGAUGGCUCAUACUCGCCGGAACCAAAACAAGCUCGUAUUCAAAGAGGUGGGGUGAAAAAAAAUUAUGUCAUUGACGAUGAUAGCGAUAAUGAUCUAAACGAAGACUAG